CUUAACAAAACCAUUUCACUGGAAACUCUUGUGAUGUGAGCCAGCUAUUUAGCUGCCCUUUUAAGUACCUAAAUCCGCAUGAUGCUGAAAAUCUGGUAAUACAGUUCAACUUAAUAUAUGUCAAAGAAAGAAUAUUACCCCAGACGACGCUGAAAAACGUGGAGCAUAAGAAGAAAACAGGCUUUUUGAUGAAACUACAGUAUUUUCUUGUUGCAUGAACUUGUUACCAUAGUCCUAAACAUAAGAUGGAGCAAAGGAUUUUUUGCUUGUAUACCUUGCUGAUAGUGGUUAGUCCAGUGUGUGGACAGUGGUGGUGGUCUCGAUAUUGGGGCACACCUGAAACAACAUCGGCCCCUCCAGGCAUUACUGACACGGUAACCACCAGAACGGAAGAAGACGUAUCUUAUGGCAUGACUGAAACAAGGAGACUUGCGUCUCAGUUAAUGAUCCAAAAGGAAGUGUCUCCUGUUUCUGUGGAAACAAAAUUUUCAGCUAAUAAAUCAAAGAAUGUUAAACGUCUUCUAAAAAGGAUAAAGUUUGAGCGAGGCUCCAAGGGGCUUCUUGAUCUCACGGAGCUAAUAGGAGUCCCACUUCCUCCAUCGGUUUCCUUUAUCACUGGAUUUGAAGGGUUUCCAGCCUACAGUUUUGGACCAGAUGCUAACAUAGGCCGGCUGACUAAAACACUGAUAACGGAGCCUUUCUACAGGGAUUUUGCUGUCAUAAUAACCAUAAAACCAACCACUAACCGAGGUGGCGUGCUCUUCGCCAUUACGGAUGCCUUCCAGAAAGUUAUUUAUCUGGGACUUGCAUUGACUCCAGUUGAGGAUGACACCCAGAGGAUUAUAAUGUAUUACACAGAACCGGGUUCUUCAAGAUCUCAGCAGGUGGCUUCUUUCAAGGUGGCUGGGAUGACAAAUAAAUGGAAUCGUUUUACACUAGGCGUGCAAGACAAUGAGAUCACUUUGUAUAUGGACUGUGAGGAAUACCACCGGACAACUUUCCAGCGUGCGUCUCGCCCCCUGAAGUUCGAAUCAAGUUCAGGAAUCUUUGUCGGAAAUGCAGGAGGAACUGGAUUAGAAAAAUUUGUUGGGUCAAUACAACAGUUGUUAAUAAAACCUGAUCCAAGGGCUGCAGAAGAGCAAUGUGAAGAUGAUGACCCUUAUGCAUCUGGAGCUGGAAGUGGGGACAAUACCCACGAAGAACAGGACACUGUGGAUGAAGCCAAAAAGCGUGUUGAACAAGUUGAAUAUGAUCCAUCCCUACCUGGUGAAAGCUUCAGCAGGCCAGUCCAAGCUCCUCCAACAGAAGCAGCAUACACUGAAGAAACAGAAGACUUCUCAGGGCACCGACCUUCAACCCCCCCUCUAGAGCAACACAGCGAGGACAUUACAUUUAUUGAAGAAAGGGUUAGUCUAAGAAAUGAACAAGUCCAAAGAGGGGACAGAGGAUAUGGUUCAGAAGCUGUUCAAAAUGAAAGAGUGGGAAGUGGUUCUUCUGGGUUUGGUCCAAAAGGUGAAAAGGGGGAACAAGGUCCCCCAGGGCCACCAGGUCCCCCUGGCCCACUUAAAGUGUCGACCGCUCUGCCAGGAGCUGCUGGACCCGAGGGGCCUCCAGGACAACCAGGACCACCUGGGAAAGAUGGCAAAACUGGUGCUACUGGUAAAGAUGGAUUGCCGGGUGAAAUGGGACCCCAGGGCUUUCCAGGAUUGCCGGGAGAUAAUGGUGUUAAGGGAGAAAAGGGUGAUCCUGGAGUCGGGCUCCCUGGACCUCCUGGGCCCCCCGGCCCGCCUGCGCCCUCACGAUACCCGAAUUUGCUUGAUGCUUAUGGGUCAGGCUUUGGGGACUUUGACAGUGACGCAGAACUAAUUAGGGGUCCCCCUGGGCCCCCAGGUCCUGCAGGACAGCCAGGGCCUCCUGGACCGAGUGGCCCCCUCACUGCAUCAGAGCGACUUAUCCCAGGACCACCUGGCCCUACUGGCCUGCCUGGAAAGGAUGGCAAGGACGGAGGAUCUGGAGAUCCAGGAUUGCCUGGUCCUCAAGGUCCACCAGGGAUUGGCGGGGCUGCUGGGCCACAGGGACAGAAAGGCGAGAAGGGUGACCAAGGAUCUCCUGGGCUGAAGGGUGAUGCCGGAGACCCUGGGCCAGUUGGACCCUCUGGUACUGUAGGUUCUGAUGGCCAGCCUGGAAUACCCGGAUCACCAGGGCCUCCAGGCCCCCCAGGGCCUCCAGGGAAAGGCUUCAGCUCUGGACUUGUGGAUAUGGAAGGAUCUGGAGGAAUUGGGGCAUUUGGUAAACCUGGGCCUAGAGGACCUCCAGGAGCUGUGGGAAAACCUGGACCAAUGGGACCCAAGGGUGAUAAUGGUACUAUUGGCCUUCCAGGUAUAGUGGGCGAAAAGGGUGAUGCAGGAUUGCCUGGAAAUCCAGGGCAACCGGGAGUGGCUGGACUUCCAGGGCAAAGGGGAGAUAAAGGAGAAAGAGGAGAUACAGGGCCAAAGGGUGAACCUGGGCAGGAUGGAAAGAGUAUAAUAGGCCCACCCGGCCUACCUGGACCUCCAGGACAAAUAAUAUCCCUGCAAGAUCUUAUGCUCAAUGAUACUGAAGGAAUAUUUAACUUUACUGACAUCCGAGGACCACCUGGUCCUGAAGGCAUGCCUGGUCACGCAGGAUUUCCUGGACCAAGGGGACCAAAAGGUGCUACAGGUUUUCCAGGCGUACAAGGACAGAAGGGUGAAAAGGGUGAAGCAGGGUCUAUCAUUGCAGCCGAUGGAUCUCUGAUGGCAGGAUUAACCGGACCAAAGGGACCAAAAGGAAUUCAGGGCGAGCCAGGCCUAACCGGACCUCGAGGACCAAUGGGGCCAAAAGGACCACUUGGACCAAAAGGAGAAUUUGGUUUUCCUGGACGCCCUGGUCGUCCAGGAAUGACUGGAAAGAAGGGUGAGAAAGGAGAAGUUGUGAUGCUACCAGGACCUCCAGGUCUGCCUGGCCCACCUGGACCUCCAGGUCCAUCCAUCACCAUUAAAGGAACAGUUUUUCCAGUCCCUCCCAGACCUCACUGCAAAACUCCAGUAAAUGGAAAUAAAGAAACGGAACAUGAAUCCACAUUUACCCAUGGACCGAAGGGACAAAAAGGAUUGUUUGGCUCCAAAGGUGAAAAGGGGGACAAUGGCUUGUCUGGAAUACCUGGACCAAAAGGCUGGUGGAAUCCUGACGAGUUUAAGGGAGAGAAGGGAGAUUCUGGAUAUAAGGGUGAUAAAGGGGAGAAAGGUGAAGCAGGUGUUUCUGGACCUCCUGGCCUUCCUGGAAGAUCUGGACUGGUUGGGCCCAAAGGUGAAUCUAUUAUUGGCCCCAGAGGGCCUCCAGGAAUGCCAGGUGUGCCGGGGCAACCAGGGUUUGGAAGACCAGGACCAGCGGGCCCCCCAGGACCACCAGGACCACCCCCCAUAUUUGGUUCAGCUGUUGCAAUCCCAGGACCUCCGGGACCUCCUGGACAGCCAGGACCUACUGGAGUUGGUAAUCCUACAUCCACUUACAGAAACAUUGAAGCUCUGCAGAAGGAAACCUAUCGCACAGCAGAGGGCACCAUGGUGUAUGUCACAGACAAGAGUGAAGUCUACAUCCGAGUGCGACAAGGCUGGAGAAAAGUCCUGCUAGGUGAACUAAUUCCUUUCCCAAGUGAAAUCCCACCACCGCCAGCUGCUUCAGGCUUUGAGAUGCAGAGUUUCCUUCCUGGAUACAAUCUUCUUCCACACACAGUUCAUACACAACCUGGACUCCAUCUAGUUGCGCUGAAUGCACCCUUUUCCGGGGACAUGCGAGGAAUACGUGGAGCUGAUUUCCAGUGCUUCCAGCAAGCACGGGCCAUGGGGCUAACGGCAACAUACAGGGCCUUCCUUUCUUCUCACCUUCAGGAUUUAGCCACAGUCGUGAAGAAAGGCGAUAGAUUCAACAUGCCUAUUGUCAAUCUUAAGAGAGAAGUGCUCUUCAACAACUGGAUGGCAAUAUUUUCUGGCAAUGGAGGCCAGUUUGACCCCCAGAUACCCAUCUACUCAUUUGAUGGUAGAAAUGUCAUGACAGAUCCUUCAUGGCCUCAAAAAAUGAUCUGGCAUGGUUCGAAUAGGAAUGGAAUUCGACAGACCUCCAAUUACUGUGAAGCGUGGCGAGCAGGAGACAUGGCAGUGACAGGGCAGGCCUCCCUGCUGCAGAGCGGGAGACUUUUAGAUCAACACACACGCAGCUGCUCCAACAACUUCAUUGUUUUAUGUAUUGAGAACAGUUACAUGCAUGACCAUAGGAGAAAAUAACUCAAGAAUUUGCUUACAAACACUAGGCACACAGUAUCAUCAGAAGAAAAAGUUGACAUGAAUAAUUAUUUUAAAGUGCAACUUUUUGAAAGAUGUAAAUAUUGCUUAUUGAUGGUAUUGUUCCACCCACAUACAAUUAGCCGAAAAGACUCCAAAGAAAAGAUACCUCAGCAAACAACCCUUGAGUCUCAUAUGAAGGAAACAAACCAGCAAAAUGUGCUUUUUGUUGGUAUGGUAACGGCACUGCACAAUAGAGCUCAUGAACUGUAACCCUUAUAAUCUGACAAACCGCAGCUGUGGGGUUUAGAGGGAUAGUCUUGUCAUUUCCUUUCAUAUUUAAAACAAAAAUAUCUGCGGGUGCUUGGGAGUUACAUGUAUGCUGUUUGUUUACUUCUCCUGUUAUAAUUGUAUGUUUUUCCCAUAUAAAGACAAAAUAAUAUAUUAUGGGAAAUUACAGGUACCAUGACUGACCUAGAACUAAGCUAACGGCAUAUACUGUAAGGAGUGUUCUCUGGUAAGAGAAAUUCAUCAUAGUAUCCUCUUCAUGGCUCCAGUCAAUUUAUGUACACUGCAUUCACUAUUAUAUAUUUUGAGAGUCUACCUGACCCACAGGACUUAAUUUGGAUAAUUGUGAAAGUGUUCUAUUUCAGUGGGUUGUGUUGCAAACACAAGGGUGGUCUGUGAAGGUCUAAUUACAUGGAAGAUGGCUUUUAUUUAUACAUUAUCAGCACAUAUUCUAAUGAAAACAAACAGCACAUAGUUUAAUAAAUGUAACAUUUGUCAUGGUGUAAGAUUAUGGGAAUUACUUUUAAAGGAACAGUAUUACCCUGUAUAAAAACACAUAUUUAUUGCCUUUCUAUUCUAAAAUGUGUGUUUUAUAAGGCAACUAUUUUGGAAAAUACAGAUUAACAAAGCAUUGCCGUGAUUUUUUAAAGAGGUUACAAGAUCCUUUUUUUUUUUUUUUUAAACCUGUACUUUUUUUAUUUUUUUUAUUUUAAUAAAAGAACAAAAAUGUAAUGGGAAUCAAGUCUUCCUACUAACAGUCAGAAAAGUCACUGUCUGCCUUUUAAAGAAAUCUAAAUAAAAUUGUACUGUAACAAUAAUUUGGAGGUAAACUUUGUUUGUAUGCUGUUAUGUGCUCAUUGAAUAAAUGUUUUUUUUUUUUACA